AUGAAUGCCUUUCCCCUGAAUGGCUCGACGCAGUCGUCUUCCUUCACACCCGGCCAGCCCACUUCUGCCCCGAAAAAGGGUAGGACACGGCAAUCAGGCACGGCAUGGACUCGCUCAGGAUGCAUAACCUGCAAAAAAAGGCGCAAGGCCUGCGAUAAGGCCAAACCUAGUUGCAACAAUUGUCUCAAGCAAGGCCGGACGUGCGAGGGUUAUGGCUCUAUAUGGGCAGAGCCGUUAGGUCCAUCGGCCCAGGUAUUCUCACAGACGGAGACUUCAAAACGCCGACGACUCAGUGCGUCCUCGUCGUCUCAAUUACCUUCACCGGCACCGUCCCCGUCCUCGGAUGCAUGGCUCGAGACUAAUUUAUCUCCCGGGCCGGGGACUUCCCUGGCCUGGUCUGUUCCAUCUUCUCCUCGGGGAUAUGUAUCAUUUGAAGCAGCUACCAGUCCGGUCCAGGAUGUAGAGGAAUACAGUUCUGGCCUGGAUAUUGAUUUGCAUAGCUCUGUCGCGGUGAUCCCACAGCCUCAGGGGUAUAUCAGUCAUCUCUCAACACAUGAGACUCAUUACCUCCAAUAUCACAUGGAGCAGGGGUCUCGACUGCUAGCAAAUCUAGAGAGCGAUGGUAAUCCCCUUCGGUCGAUGUUGAUUCCCAGGGCAAUGUCGUCACCUCUGCUGAUGAAGGCCGUAUGUGCCGUCUCUGCUCUUCAUCUAGCAAAUCGCUCCCAUGGCUUUGGAGCACAUACGGCUGCAGUCAAAUACUACAGUGGGACGCUCAGCGGACUCCGCGCAGCACUGGACAAGUGUUCAACAGAGGUUUUCCCUGACGAUGCCAUGCUGGCAGUCGGUCUACUAUGCAAAUACGAGAUCGUCCGUGGUAGCGUUAAGCAAUGGGUUGUUCAUCUCAAUGCAUUGCAACGUUUGAUCGUUUCACGCGGUGGAUUUGCUUCAAUGGAUCGAGAUGCAGCCGAGUUCCUGCGUGGACUAUUCGUAUAUGCCUAUAACAUGGCCCGGAUCAGCAACCGCAAGUGUAUCACUUCAACGGAUUUUUUUGUCGAUAGCGAUAUCGGUAUCCCAAAAUUGGACAUAUAUAUUGGAUACACAGAGGAAAUCCUCAAAUUAUGUGCACGCAUCGCAGAGCUGCCUUCCCUCCAAACUGACACGUUGGCUCUUCGACUCAGCGUUGCAUCCAUGUUUGUCUCCCUCCGUGGUUAUAAAAAGCAGUCUAGUCGAACAUCCGUGUUAACACCCCAUCUCAGAAACGAAUCCCUCCUCACCUGGUCUCACACUUCAACACCCUACAUAAUUCCCCAAGGGACGUCACCAGCAACCCUAACUCGGCUUCAACUCGUAGCGGAAUGUUUCCGUGACGCAGGAUUUGUCUAUCUCCACUCGAUCAUGGAGCGCAUUAGCAGAACCUAUCCAGAUGCCUCUUCCUCCAUCAACACUGGUACCAUUGUCAACGUUCGGCUAGAGGGGACACCAUCUCUCUCAACACAAGACUGGGCUCCUCUCAUCUCCGCGCCGAAAAGCCUCGCCGUCUACCGCUGUCUUUCCCGCGUUGAGACUUUCCCGCUGGGUGACCACUGCGAAUACUCGGCGCUCACAUUCCCGCUCUUUAUAUCUGGGUGUGAGAGUGAUAACGUAGCGGACAGAGAGGUUGUGCUUCGUUCUUUGGGCAAGCUACAGGAUAAUUUUGGGAUUGGGAAUGUUAGGCGUGCAAAAGAGUUAUUGGGGAUCUUGUGGGGGAGACAGGAUGCUAAUUUCGAUUCUCAGUUUAUUGGCAUGGGUCAGAAAAAUGUACAUUGGUUAGAUAUUGUGGAGGAGCUAGGGUGGGAAUUGAUUCUUGCAUAG